AUGGUGGAAUGCGCUGAAAACAUUGGUGUGCCCCGUGCCUCUGGGAUGUUCAGGCAUGCGCUGCAUGCUGUUGCAUUUAUCAGCGAGGAGAAGAUCGCAACCAAGGUGAAGUACUUCAAGAACACCUUCAGAUGGACGGAUGCUGAGGUAGGCAUGGCUGUUUCUAAGUAUCCAACGGUGCUGAAUAAGUCCAAGGAAUCGCUGCAACGCAAGUUUGAGUUCCUCAUCUCCGAGGUGGGCUUGGAAUCGGCGUACAUUGCUCAUCGACCCGUAAUGCUUGGCCUCAGCCUAGAGGGCCGGCUCAGGCCCCGGUACUAUGCUGUAAAGUUUCUCAACGAGAAUGGAUUGCUCAAGUGCAGCCCGAGCUACAGCACUGUUUUCACGGAGACCGAAAAGGCAUUCAAGGAGAAGUUCAUAUGUCCUCAUAAGGAAGCUGCACCACACCUUGAAGAAGACUAUGAUGCGGCUUGUAAAGGGGAACUGCCGGCUAAUUUCAGAUUCACAUGA